GCCGCCGCCGCCGCCGCCAUGUUCCGGAGCCUGCUGGUGGCGGCGGCGCAGCGGCCGCAGGCCCCGGGCGGGCCCCCCCGGGCGCCGCCCCCCGCCGCCGAGGCGUUGGAGGCGCAGUUCAGCUGCCCCAUCUGCCUGGAGGUCUUCCACCGCGCCGUCGGCAUCGCGGGCUGCGGACACACGUUUUGCGGGGAGUGCCUGCAGCCCUGCCUCCAAGUGCCGUCCCCGCUGUGUCCACUCUGCCGCAUGCCCUUCGACCCCAAGAAGGUGGAGAAGGCUUCCAGUGUAGAGAAACAGCUUUCAUCCUACAAGGCUCCCUGCAGAGGCUGCAGCAAGAAGGUGACCCUUGCAAAAAUGCGCUCUCACGUCUCGUCCUGCGCGAAGGUGCAGGAGCAGAUGGCCAACUGCCCCAAGUUCGUUCCGGUUGUCCCCACGUCGCAGCCUAUCCCCAGCAAUAUUCCCAAUCGCUCGACGUUUGUGUGCCCGUACUGUGGGGCCCGGAACCUGGACCAGCAGGAGCUGGUGAAGCACUGCAUGGAGAACCACCGCAAUGACCCGAACAAAGUGGUGUGCCCGGUCUGCUCAGCCAUGCCCUGGGGGGACCCCAGCUACAAGAGCGCCAACUUCCUCCAGCACCUCCUCCACCGGCACAAGUUCUCCUACGACACCUUCGUGGACUAUAACAUCGAUGAGGAGGCAGCGUUGCAGGCUGCCCUGGCACUGUCGCUCUCUGAGAACUGAGGGUGACUGCAGAGCGUCGGUUCGGACCCCCCCCUCUCACACCCCAUCUCCUUUUGCACACUCGGCCUUUCUGCUGGGGAGGCACGGAGCUCGUCAGCCCGCCGGCGACCCGCUGCUGCCUCUCUUCCCUCUCCUCUCUGGGCAAAUCCCACCUUGUUUAAGAAGGUGGAGUCUCUUUAGCAUCGCGCUGGACUGGUGAGUGAGCAGAGACAUCCGCUGCUGGGGGGAGAGAGGAGUCAGCACCGAAGGGCUGGGAUCGUUCCUUGGUUAGGCAUUUCAUAUCCGUAUACGGAGUAUAUACGUGUAUCCAGAUCUAUUUAUUAUUAGAUGCUUUUUGGCACCAUUUGUCUUCAUGCUCUCUGUUGCAAUUGAAUAGGUACGUAAAACUAUGAUGCAUUUUAUGCAGAAAUGCCCUAGUUUGAAACUGCAAUCGUCCACGUCCUUUUUGAAAAGGAAGAAAACGGCACGGAGCGUAUCUUUUUUUUAAACUCCACGAGGCUAUUUCUGGAGACGUCGGUCUGUCCCGUCCCCUGUGCUGCGGCAGGAGCUGCCUCCUUUGCCUGCUACUGCACAGGCCAGGCCCAAAGCAGGCCGGGCUGAAUCCCAGGGCGAGACGGUUGCCCUCGUGUGCCCUGUGAUGGCAGUGGGUUCGGAGGAGUCUGCAGGGAUGGCAUCUGGCGUCCAGUGAAACUCUCACCUCCCUCGUUUUGUACCGGCUCUUGUGAUACUGAGUUCUUGCAUUUUUCUACAUUAAUUGGCAUGAUGCCUUUUCCACGUUUUAUAGAGCGGGAACAGAAGCUGUUACUCUUCACACUGCAAUAUCUGUCACUGGGGACAAGAGUAUUUUUAUGGAACAUUAUUAAGAAAGUAUAUUUUUUACAAAAAAAAAAAAAACCCAAACAAACAAACAAGCUGUGGAUGUGAAAUCAGGUGGGAGGCAGGAGCUGGACCCCAGGCCAGUGCGUGGGACUCUGUGGGGGCUGUGGGAAGCACGCGGGUGUCAUCUUUGGUUACUUCUGGACCGUUCCCUUCCCUUGUCGACGUGUUUCUCCUCAGGUAGGUGGUGCUGCAGGAGAGACCGAGUCAAAGCAGCACCUCGUUGGCUGCCGAGCGGCUCGCGGGGCUGCCUUUUUGAGGAGCAGCAGCACCACUUGUGUUCUCAGCCGCUUGUCCGGCUGUGCUCUCUGAGCUGCUCACCCUCUCCAGGGCCCGUGGUUGGGCUUACGAUGGCUUAACUCGGGCAGGCAGAGCUCCGUGACGGUGCUGGAGGUGGCCGUGGGCAGAGCGUAAUCUGGAGCGGUGGUUUCCGCCUGCGAGGGAGCAGGCGGGUUAGUUGUGAUGUGCUGGCGCUCGGUGCAGAGCGGCUGCCUCGUAUCCGGGCGAUGGGUGCGCAGGAGGGACCUCUGCCCGUGCAAGAGCCCGUCCCCAACGCUGAGCAUCUUGUCCCCCUGAAAUAGGGGGUUGCGUCUCCCUUUCCCAGGUCUCUGCCUGGGAAUGGGGCACACCUGGGCAGAUGUUGAUCCGGGAGAUGCUCCACAGCGUCCCGGUGACCUGUCCCCCCUGCCCCCCUUCCUCUCUGCUCUUCCUGCUGCCGCUGGAGUUUCCUCCUGGCGGCUGGGAGAGGGUGGGAGGGAGAUCUCUGCCAGGCCUUGAGUGGGCUGCUGCCAGCCUGAGCGUGGCCCCCGUGUGCAGCAGAAGCUGUGUCCCGUCUGAAGGGCUGGGGGAGAGGUGCUUUGCGCUGGGACCCUGCCAUCCUUUGGUGUCACCCCAGCGACAGGAUCAGCCCAAGGCUCUCGGUGAAGGAACUGCGGGGAGGUGGUGGUGCACGAUACCCGCAGACCUGCCAUGCCGCUUCCCAGCAAGGGUUUGCGGAGAAGAGGUGUGGGAGAGCAAUCCCUCUGCAUGCCCCUGCUCGGAGUAGUGCCCUUUUGUGGUUUAUCCAAGACCUGGCUCCAGCUCCAGCUCUGCCCCAGCAAUACGGUCUUGUUUUUUACUUUGAUCUAAAUAGUACUGGGUGUUCUUUGGGGCUGUGAGCUCCCCUGUGCCACUGGCAGCUGUAUACGAGGAGCGUGCAGAGACCCUCCCCUCCCUCGAGCAAGGCUAGCGAGGAGGGACGGGGUCUUCUCUUACCAGCACGGCAUCCCUGCCACCUGCCUGGCCCCGGGGGAUGUCGCUGGUGGGAUGGAGAGCACUGGCAUCUCCCAAAAGGGACCCGGGAGGAUUCCCCUGUCCGUCCUCAGCUGGGACCCUCAGGUCCUGGAGCAGCCUCCAUGGGAGCUCUUGCAGGGAGCUCCCUGCCUCUGCUACAGUGCUACUAAUCUCUCUGUCUCCUUCCUCCUUCUCUUCCUCCUUUUUGCCCUGCGACGCCAGAGCAGGGGGGCAGCAACAGCUGCGUUUGUAAAGCACUUUAGGGCCCAGGCUGCAAGGGCGCAGGCGGGCGCUGCGCUGCACAGGCAGCUCCUGCCUCUCCCCGCUUGGCAUGGGGUCGGAUCCGGCUCUGCCCGCUGCCAGCCGGGCUGUGCCGGGGCUCCGGCUGCGCCCCGAGCCGUGCUCGUCAGUGUGUUACCCAUGACUUUUUGCAUAACUAGACCUUUUAACGAGACGUACUGUUUUUUGAAGAAGAAUAAAAUCAAUGACGUAUUUGUAGCAAACCAUUUUUCUCAAUAAAGGCAGUUUCAUCCA